AUGGCUCCAAGAAAUAAGAAGGGUUCCCUUGGUGCAAGAUUAGACUUGGCACGAAAUAACGUAUCGGCUGGGGUUGCUGGAACGAUUCCUGUGCCACAAGGCAAAAAUAAGGUUCAUCGGAAGAAAGUCUUCUCUCGACCACAGACACCUGAUGUGGAGCAACCAAUCCCUGAGGGAUGUAUUUGUCAGCGUGAGGCGCAAACAUUUGUUUGCAUCUAUUGUAAAAUGUUCUCUUUCGGACGCGUCAAUGAGUCGUGUCCUAUCCAUACAAAUGUAACUUAUCUCAUGGACUUCACUUGUUGCCCAUAUUGUUCUGGACCGACAGAACAUCUUCAUGUUGUUGACAUGGAAUACGACAGAUAUUUCAAGUUAUGA